CAUUUUACCAGUUCUUCUUUGUUCACUCCUCUCUAUGGCUCCUGCACACUUGUUAUCGAAAGCCGCCUUGGCGUUGGCCGCCAUGGUAUAUGUCGACAGCAAGUAUUACAUCUCCAAGGAUAUCUCCGAAAUCAUGACCGGCCUCAAAAUGAAAAACGUCGUUUUGAAGAACUGGGAAGAAAUGCUUAGAACGGAAACCCACUGUUCCAUCUACAGUGUCCUUGAGAAGAUUAUUCAAGCAAAUAGAGAUCGCGAAGGGUUUGUGUUUUGCGAUCGUAGUAGCGGACAACUUGUUCUUCGUCGCUGGACCUAUGGACAAAUGGAAGAAGAAAUUGCCAGAUUGGCUGACUGGUAUACAUCGAUGGGCAUCAAGGCUAAAGAUGUGGUCGCAGUUUACCUGCCAAAUACCCCACAAAUCUUUUUCACCUUCUGGGCCCUUGCAAAGCUUAAUGCUGUUGGCGCUUUGAUUAACUCUAAUCAAACGGGUGUUCCCCUCACUCACAGCAUCACUAUCUCUAAAGCUAAUUUGAUUGUUGCUCAUGGCACCAACUAUGAGCCCAUUCGUGAUAUCGAGCAUGAACUACCCCACACCAAUAUUGCAAUUCUUAGCUACGAUGAGCUCGUCCCGGAAAAGUGCCCCUACCAAGUAUAUGAUAUGAAGGAUUUCAGACGUACAGGAAAGAGUGAUGAGAUUAGAAGGACCCUGAAGGUGGACACUGGCGAUUCGCUUUGUUACAUUUAUACCAGUGGUACCACUGGUCUUCCAAAGGCUGUCGCUAUUCCUCACAGAACUGGUAUUCUUCCUAUGUACAGCCACAAGCUUUCCGGUCAGCUUUUCCCUGACGAUAAAUGGUAUUGCUGUCUUCCAUUGUAUCACAGCUCCGGUCUUCUCAUUGCUAUGUGCGGUGUGUUGAGUGUCGGUGGCACAUUCGUUUUGUCAACCAAGUUCUCAGCUACCAACUGUAUGGAAGAUAUUUCUAAAUCAAAGUCCACGGGUAUGUCCUACAUUGGCGAAAUUGCUCGAUACCUCAACUCUUCGCCUCCUACACCCUAUGACCGAGACCACAACUUGCGAUUCGCCUAUGGCAACGGUCUCAACAGAUCUAUCUGGAACAAGUUCCGCGAGCGAUUCAACAUUCCUGUCAUUAUUGAGUUUUAUGGAUCCACAGAAGGAAACACAUUCCUCAGAAAUGUCAAUACUGGCCCUGAUGGUGUAGGUUACUUCUCUCACCGAGGUCCCUUGCUCAGAAAGCUCAACCCAACCAUGAAGAUCGUUAAGCAAGAUCCUGAAACAUUAGAGCCAUACCGUGACCCCAAGACUGGAUUCUGCGUUGAGGCCGAUUUCGACGAACCCGGUGAAAUUCUCGGUGAACAAGUUCCCAUCAUUAGUCAGUCCCGUGCAUAUGUUGAUAACAAGAAGGCCAACGAUAAGGUCGCGAUGCAUGAUGUUUUUAAGAAAGGCGAUCUCUGGCACAGACAAGGUGAUCUUAUCAAGAUGACCCGCGACGGCUGGAUUGAAUUUGUUGAUCGUGUUGGUGACACUUUCCGCUGGCGCGGUGAGAAUGUGUCUACUAUGGAAGUGGCCGCUGUCAUGACCCUGCACCCAGGCAUUGACGACAUCACAGUCUAUGGUAUCACACUCCCCAAGUACGAAGGCCAAGUUGGCAUGGCAACCAUCGUUGCCUCUAAUCCCGACGAGGUUGCUCGUGACUUGCGACCAUUCUUGUUGAAGAAAGGCUUGCCCCUCUAUGCCCACCCUCGUUUCGUUCGUGUCAUUGAUGUCAUCCCCGUCACCCAAACGCAUAAGCACCAAAAGGCUGAGCUCAAAAAGGAUGGUAUUGAUGUUUACAAAUCUGUCCCCGUGUACAUGCUGACCGAUGACGGCAACUACCGUAGAAUGAACGAUGAACAUUACAGAGCAGUCCAAGCUGGUCUUGCCAAGUUUUAAAAGAACCAUAGUAUACCCUCUGCUAAUGUAAUUUCGCGAAGGUUAGAGAGAUCAGCCGUGUCAUUACGAGGAGUAUGGUUUGGCUGUUAUAAAAACGUGGGAAUGUAAUGCUUGUUACAAGCGAGAUUAAUUAAAUAAAUGAAUUGUAACCAUG